AUGCGGCCUCCUCGCCGCCAGGGGGCAGCCGAGCGCGAGGACAACAAAGCCGCGCGGCGCGGCCAGAGCGUCUCCCCCUCCUUCUACCCCUCCAGCUGUGAGGCUCCACCAAUCAAGGCGCGCGGGGGCGGGAUCACAGCGAGAGAGACGGCUGAGGAGCCACCGUGCCCGGCGGCACGGGAGGAGGAGGAGGAGGAGGUGGUCCGAGUGCUGACCCUGCCCCUCCAGGCUCAUCAUGCCAUGGAAAAGAUGGAAGAGUUCGUGUACAAGGGCUGGGAUAAAGCUCUGCAGAGGCACAGGUUCCUGCUGUUCCUGUGCCUGGGAAUCCUGACCAUGCUGCGGCCCAACAUGUACUUCAUGGCGCCGCUGCAGGAGAAGGUCGUGUUCGGGAUGUUCUUCCUGGGGGCCGUGCUCUGCCUCAGCUUCUCCUGGCUCUUCCACACCGUCUACUGCCACUCCGAGAAGGUCUCCCGCACCUUCUCCAAGUUGGAUUACUCGGGAAUCGCGCUGCUGAUCAUGGGCAGCUUCGUGCCCUGGCUCUACUACUCCUUCUACUGCUCCCCCCAGCCGAGGCUCAUCUACCUCUCCAUCGUCUGUGUCCUGGGAAUCUCUGCCAUCAUCGUGGCCCAGUGGGACCGAUUCGCCACCCCCAAGCACCGGCAGACCCGGGCAGGUGGGAAUGGGGGUGGGAAUGGGUUCCAGUCCCAUCAGAUCUUCCACGUGCUGGUGGUGGCCGCAGCCUUUGUCCACUUCUACGGGGUGUCCAACCUGCAGGAAUUCCGCUACGGGCUGGAAGGGGGGUGCACAGAUGACUCCCUGCUCUGAGGGCACCGCCUGCUUUUAGUCCAAGCUUUCCUCAAGUGCUUUUUAAACUCUUUUUGUCUUUGCUCAGAUCCAAGGAAGACUCAAAAACUGGGUUUGGGGGUUGCUGGUGGGGUUUUUUUGUUGUUCUUUGGGUUUGUUUUUUUUUUAAAGAAAUGGAGAAAUCCUUUAGGAAAGUCAUCGACCAAAUCUUCACCCCCUCCCCCAGUGGGGUCUGGGGGGGUUUGGGGGCUCCCCCAGGCCGGGUUUAGCUGCACUGGGGGCUCCCCCAGCACAGGGAGCAGCUGCUGUUCCUGCCCAACCGAGCACAUCCCGCCCCUCACCGACCCCACAUAUCCCCCUGGGAAUUCUGCGGCUCCCAGGGCAGCUCCCGGGGCACAGAGUGUGUAAUUUAAAAUGUUUUAAUUGUCCUUUUUUUUCGGUUUGUUUUUUUCCUUGACCAUGUAAAGAGAAAGGAGGGUAUUUAAUAUUUAAACCGAGCUUUAAAGGCAGCCCCUCGGCCAGGAGGGGCAGGGGGGGCUGGUCUGGGACUCAGAGCUGCUGUAGAGACAAUAAAAGGUCACUGGAUCAGUGUCACCCGG